UCACUUCUAAAAAUAUAAUAUCGAAUUUGGCGGGCGCUCCUUGUCGAAAUACACCGAGUCUUCAUAUCGUAUUUAAUUCACAGAAAUAACAAGUCCUUUGAAAACUCCGGAGUCGGCAAGAUGGUGGUCCAAAGAGGAAAGCAAGGCACAAAGGGCCAAAAACAGAUCAUUCAGGAGAACACAGAUACCCUGAAUUUCUACCGGAACAUGAUCCUUGGUACUGCUGGCAUCUACUUUGGUAUCGGAAUGCUGUUCUUCUCUGAGUUCCCUACUCUUGACCUGAUAUUGCUUGGAGUGGCAGGUGUUGUGUUUACAGGAAGUUACCGCUUUAUGGCAUCCAUGGCGUUUGUCAAGAAAGAUCAGUCUGGUGCUAUUCUUGAUGAAGGCUGUGACUUGAACAUAGAGGGUGGAAUUGCAGAGCAUGUGAAAGACCUCAUAAUCUUAACGUCCGGUGUAUGUUUACUCAGUACCAUUUCUCCAUACUUCUGGUUGCUAUGGCUGCUGGCUCCUUGCAGAGGUAUGCAGAUGCUGUGGACAAAUAUCCUUGGCCCAUGGUUCUUCCAGCCAGCUCCUGAAGAACCACAAGACAAGAACCUUGAGAAAAAACAGAGGAGAUUAGAGAGAAAGAUGAAAUACCGUUAAGCUUCAGCUUUGUUUCUCUUAUUUCUGUUUGAAGAUUUGUUGUUGUUGUUUUUUUUGUUUUUUGUUUUUUUGCAAUUUUAUAAAUUGCACACUACAAUUAAUUUAUUUUUAUAGAGUAAUAGGGAAUUUUAAAGUAGGUUUCCCUCUGAAUUGAUAUUUGAUAAGUUGUACGAUAACAAAUUGUAGAGUGCGUAGGGAUUGGUUCAUUGUUAGCAGAUUAUUUCUGUUUUAAUUAUUUUUGUAUUCCUGUCAACUGUUUCUGUUUGCAUCGGUAAUAUUUAUAUUAGAUUAAAAAACAUAUUGAAGGUACACAAAUCCUUAUGCAGUAUACCCACCUACUUUGCAUCUUUGUAGUGUAUGAGCACCUCUAGGGAAAAGAUACAUAUAGAUUUUUUUGAUAUUUCAUGACUUACAUGUGAAUUUGCUUUGAACCUCUUAAUCUGCUGUUUCCUAUUUUUUUCAUAGCAGUUCAAUAAAGAAAUCAGAAGAAAUCACCAGUCCUUUAUAUGUUUCUUUUUAUUUACCUGUUGCUGUUUAAUUUGAUACUGUACCUGAGCAUUACUAGGAGUAUGUUUUUUUUUUUUUUUUUUUUAUAAAUGACUGUGGCAAAAAUAUGAUACAUAACACCAACUCACAGCCUUGCUUCACAAUCAUGUUUUUGACAUGUUUGCAUUCUCCCAUUGUUGGCCCACUCAAACCCUCACAUCACAGUCCUGUUUCUCUCCGUUCUUGCAGAUAUAGUUGGGAAAUAUUGGAGAAGGAAAUGUGAGAGUUGAUCCAGAUAUCAAAUAUUUUGCCUGUACAACAUGUAUUUCAAUAUCUUAUACUUUGUGGAUUCUCUUGUGUGCUGUGGGAUGUUGGCCAUAUUCUCACAAAGUAGGUGGGCCUGCCGUACCUUUCUAAUGACACUUUCAAUUCGAAGUAACAUGGCUGUGUUUGUGUUUGUUUUUUGGUUUUUUUUCUGAGUUUGCUUAUUCUUUAUGAGUAGAUCCUCAGGUCAUUUACCCAAGAAACUCUUAAGUUUGUUGGGUUUAGUAUCAGAUUUGUCUCUGCAUAAAGUAAGAUACAAACCAAUAUGGGUUUUUUGUCAUAUUUGUUAAUUAUAAAUUUAUUGGUUUGGCUUUAGCAUAUGUUCCAAAUGAAUAUUGCUCUUUAUUGUUUUGAAGAUGAGUUCAGGUGCAAACAGUUUCAUUCAUCCUUUGUUAUAAUGAUGUCCUGAUGUUAUUUAUAUUUUCUGUCAGUUGAACUAGAAGUAAAGAUAUUCUCAUUUACAUGAAUAUGUACGUACAGUAUCCAUUGUGCUUAGCACAUUCAUUAAGUGUAUGUAAUAUAGAGUUAGAGAAAAAAGAAUUUUGCAUCACUGAAGUCAAAAUACAAUGAAGGUCUGUUUGGAAUGAGUUUCAUUAUUUACUCUAUUUGUUGGUGGAUCAUUCUGAGCUAAGGCUAGUGAUAAAAUUACAUGGGUGUAGAGGUUAGCAUAAUACCACAUUAAAUGAUAUGAAAAUUGAACUGGACUGGACACAAUAAUAAGCAUAAUUAGGAUAUGUGGCACCAUGAAGCAGAUGAUAUAUCACCUCUAUUAUGUCUACAUAGGAAUAUUGUAUACAUAUCCUUUUUUUAAAUGGCUGUGCUUUAUAAAAAGCAUGAAAUCUUUUAACCUAUAUAAAAUGGGUAAUAUACUAUAAAAGUAAUUUUCUUUCAUAUUUUCACCAUGUAAUACUGGGGAAACACACAUUGCUGAGUGAGAGGAUUGCAUGAGGUUAUAACAUUGUGGGUCUAACAGAAUCAUGUUUUAAUGCUUCCAGUGAAAGAUGAAAUUUUGUGAAGAACAAUUUUGUAAACAACGGCUUGUUAUUAACAUUGCUAUCCUUGAAGGGUUUUGCACAUCCAAAGUCCACUUUUCUAUAGAUUGCCUACAGGUGUCUAGCUGCAUGUGUAAGUUUGUAGUGGAGAGAGUGUAUCAUGUGGUGAAUAUUUUACUACUGAGAGAAAAUGCAUAAGAUAUAUAUGUAGGUGUCCUUCAGUACAUCACUGUAUUCAUUCUUGUUUUAGGAUUAUUAAUGACUUACUGUUGUGGUAGGUAGAAUCUACCUAACUUUAUUUGCUCAACUUCUCCAUCCCACUUAUUUCAGAACAAUAUCUCACUCAUAAUAUCCUACAUCAGUCCAUGAGAAUCACUCCUCAUAAGCAGCAUUAGCAGAAAGUAAAUCAUUAGGUAGUCGAGAUCAUGUUAAUUAAAAUUUCAUACUUGGAUGUUGUAACUAUGACAUUCGACUGUUGUAGAUAUGAUAGUGCCACUGAUGAGUUGAUCUGUUAGCAUUAAAUGUUUGUGAUUUCAUAGAAAUAGUCUGGAUACUAGACCCAAUUGGUUGGUGUAAUGUAAAAUUGUCAUAGCUUGCAGAUUCUGUGCUAAAUGUAAGCAUGUGUAUUUGUUAUCCCUGUGGAGAUGAGUGUUCUGUAUACAGGGUUUCUGCACUAGACCGUUUCUGCAGUAUACUCUCCCAAGUUCAUUAUUGUGAUUAAAAUGUAAAUCAUCUGAA